UGGCCCCUGAUAAGCAAGGUAGGCUGCUGAGUCACUGGACACACAAGUGAACAAUUGCAGUGACCUCCAGAUAGCACUGAUGGUUCUUGAAUUGCUCUGACAGAGCAGAUCGUAGACCUCUGUCUCUUAUGUCUUCCCCUUUUAAGUUUGUUUGGAUGAUGUUUCGAUGAACUGUUGGGUCUGGAUCUCAGCUGGUCUUAGAACACAGUAGGACUUUAGUCUGAAUGUUUCUGAACAAAUUCUGGACCUCAAUAUUUUUCAAGGUAAAAUCUCUUCUGAGAUCUAAAUUCUCAAAAAGUACUUCAGAUCUGCUUUGUUAAAAAUGGACAGUGGGCCUGGUGGUGCUCGGAAUCAGCUUCUCCAUGUAGACAUCCAUAUUGAUCAGCUGGAACCUCGUUGUGGAAUCCUGGACAUCCUGAGAAGACUUCGUCCUCAUUGGAAAGCACAGGACAUUCAGAUGAAGAGAUUCACAGAGGGCAUCACCAACCAGCUGAUUGGCUGCUACGUUGGCUCUCUCCAGGAACCUGGUUGUGUUCUGGUGCGACUGUAUGGCAGAAUGACAGAACUCUACGUGAACAGGGAGCGGGAGGUGGAAAUGUUCCAGGUCUUCCAUGCCCACGGGUGUGGUCCACAGAUCUACUGCAGCUUCCAAAAUGGCAUCUGCUACGAGUUUGUUCGGGGAACAGUUCUAGAUGAUGAGCUGCUCCGGCAGCCCUCCAUCUACAGAUUGAUCGCAGCAGAGAUGGGGAGAAUCCACUCUAUCCAGCCAAAUCGUGGUCUGCAUGUUGAGCCUCUACUCUGGACAAAAAUGUCCCACUUUCUCACACUGGUGCAAAGCAGCAUCAACAGCAGCGCGGCUGAGCAGCGGUGCACAAAAAGUACUGUGGCUCUACGAGAGGUUCCCAGCUUUGAGACUUUGUCAGCUGAAAUGGAGUCAUUGAAAAGACACCUCUCACAGCUUGACUCACCAAUUGUGCUCUGCCAUAACGACCUUCUGACAAAAAACAUAAUCUACAACCAGGAAGAGGGAAUGGUUAAAUUCAUUGACUACGAAUACGCCGAUUACAACUACCAGGCCUUCGAUAUUGGCAAUCACUUCAAUGAAUUUGCUGGUGUGAAUGAUGUUAACUACAGCCUCUACCCGAGCCGGGAGCUGCAGAGGGACUGGCUGACAGCCUAUCUGGAGAGUUACAAGCACAACUCAGGAUGUGAGGUCACUGUUACAGAGGCAGAAGUUACACAGCUCUACAUUCAAGUCUGCAAAUUCUCACUGGCAUCCAACUUCUUCUGGGGUCUUUGGGCCAUCCUUCAAUCAAAGUACUCCUCGAUCGACUUUGACUUCCAAAGAUCAGCGACAGGGCCCCAGCUUCAUUUCGAUCUGGACCUCGGAGGAAAUGUGAUCCAGAGGGGUGCCGAGGCACAGAGGCACUAUUGUUCCCAUGCCGUCGGUCCUCCCUUACAUAUACGUCUCUCAUCCCUGGCUGGGCCACAUGCGUCUGCUAGACGUCUGCUCCUCUAAGCCGCCGGCUGAGGUUGUCAUAAAGUGCAUGAUAUGCCAUGGCACGACUCAACUACUACUUUGAAAAGAAAGAGGAAUAUUUUGGAUUGUCAUUGAGUUAGAAACAGAGGGUAAAGGACCAGCUUUUUUUUUUUUAUUAUAAGUAGUAUCUCCCUGCUCGGACAAGAGUUUUUAGUCAUGUGAUCCAUGUCCUUCUUUGUCACAUCAUACAAUGCUAUUCACUAAACCCACUGUGGAAAUAAAGGCAUAGCAUAAGCUUGUAAA